UAGAGGCCAGUUGCAUAGAACUAUUGACGCAGCAUACAUAAAUAGAUGCAGACUUGUGCUCAGGUACCGAAUUCUCUGUUCCUCGGGUGUUUUUGAUUCAUUCAUUAAUGCCAAUCGCUAACGCACGUUAAUUAAUUAGAACGGAACUGAACGGUCCAGUAGUUACAGGAACGAUGACAAACAGCUUCCAUCAAUCCAUAUGUCCUACGUACAAUAUAUUUGUUGUCGUUUACUUGGCCGCUUCUAAUUGUGUCAAUUUUGUAGGUUACUUCUUGUCUUGGUGAAUUUGCAGUUCCAGUUUGCAUGCACAAGUGAGAUCGUCCCACCACUGCAAACUAACUCUCGUUAUAUCCUAGACAGCACAAACCGUCCUGUCCGUCUGGCUUGCGUAAACUGGUAUGGGGCAGAAGAGAAGGACUACGUUGUAGGAGGUCUCCACAAACAAUCCAUCUCUUCUAUUUCUCGACUCCUAAAGACCUAUGGCUUUAACUGUGUGCGCCUUCCCGUCUCCCUGGAGCUUAUCCUCCAUAAUCCAGUUAUACCACAUUAUGCAGUCACAGCAGAGGCGAGUCUCCAAGGAGCUAGAGGCCUUGAUGGCUGGAUGCAGUCAUUAAGAGUCUUUCCAGUCAAAAACUUGUCGUUAUAUUAGACAAUCAUAUGAGUAAAGCAGAUUGGUGUUGCAGUGGAAAUGAUGGCAAUGGAUUGUGGUACACCAGCAACUACAGUGAAGAAGAUUGGAUUCAAGGUCUAAAAACACUAGUCACCAGAUACAACAAGACAAAAAACGUGGUGGGUGUUGAUCUGAGAAACGAACUCCGACAGACAGUUGUUAAUGGAAAACGCCUAAGCCCAACUUGGGGUAACGAACACAAUACAACAGACAGGCAUGCCACAGCAGAACGAUGUGCCAAAGAACUUCUAGCUGUCAAUUCGAAUCUCCUCAUGUUCAUAGAAGGCCUCGACUAUGCCUCAGACCUGACAGGUGUGGUACACCACCAAGUUCAACUUAGUGCGACCAAUCGUGUCGUAUACAAUGUUUAUGACUACAGUUGGUUUCACCAAGGUCACUCAUACAAAGAAUUCAAAUCAGAAAUCAACAAAAGAUGAGGUUAUCUUGUUGACACACACCCUCUAUGGCUGGGAGAAUUCGGAACGUGCAACACCAAUCCAUCCUGCAACAUGGAUUCUAAACAUGCAGGUAGUCUGCCUUCAAGAAACAAACAAGAAAUCGCCAACAACAUUGACGAAGUCGGUACAGCGUGAGAGAAGAGUCAACCUGUUCUCCCAACAGCAGAAACUUGGUGGUCUCAUAUACACCGUUACCUCAGUGAGACUGGGAUAGGGUAGAGUUAUUGGGCCAUUGAUGGCACACAGUCAACAGAGACAGGACGAAGAUUAGGUGCUGUUGAGACUUUUGGUAUUCUUAAUAGCAGCUGGAGUGGGCCAUCAGCAGAUGGCCUACUAAAAUCUCUUCAGAAGUUAAUGAAAUGAAAAUGGACUAAAUAAAUUGUAAUGAAGAUGGUUACUGCCUUUAGUAGCUAAUAAUUCCUCAUUUUAAUGUUAGCCAAACAACUCCUUAUGAGUUGGCAUGAUUUGCAUAAGCCAUUCAGGUACAUCUAUUGUCACUGUAACACCUCUGUAAGCUA